UCGGAUUAACAUAUUCCUGAUAGUUUUGCUUACUCUCAAAAAGUGAAGAAGAGUUUCAAAUUUUGUUUACUCAGAUUUCUAAAUAAGUUUGGGCGAUGGAUUCAAUAGCACCGUUGUUGGCAUCACGAUCUGUUUAGGCUAGUGGUGUUUCGAGUACUUGGUUUGGAGUGCUCGAAGUGUGUAUUAUCGAAUGGCUGAUUCGGGUUCUGUAGAUGUUAUACUGGAGUUUCUGAAAAAGAAUAAAUUUACAAAGGCAGAGGCUGCAUUGCGGAGCGAAUUGGGUAAUAGGCCUGACUUGAAUGGGCUUCUUCAAAAGCUUAUGCUUGAUGAUAAGGAGUCGAGUGGAUCAGGUAAAGAAGUAAAUGGGGCUGUUUCGGGAGAAGAAGAUAAAAACACAAAAAGUGCUAGACAUGGCGUGGAAGGUCUUAAGGGUUCAUUUGCCUUGAGUACUGUUGACUCAUCUAAGGAGCUAAUUGUGAAAGAGGUAGAUAGCGGAACCGGAAGAAAUGAGUCGGAUAACAAGUGGAAAAAUGCUGGCACUACUAAAAAGCAGAGCAAGGCUGGUGAGAAUAUUGCAGCAAGUGAGAAGAACUUUGUCUUCUCCAAUGGUUUGGAUGAUACUGUUCUUGAUUUAUAUUCGUGGAAGUACGGUACAAGCAAUGGUCCAGUUACUCCGUACCAGAAUGAUGGUGGCAGUGCCGGUGAGAACAAUUUUUCGGGAUUCCAGGUUCCUGGAAAAGCAAAGAUGAAUUCAGCUGAGACUCUUGAAAGUGGUCAAGUUCACCACAAAUCUGGUGAUGAUGCCAGUGUUUCUGGUGAAAAGAGAAUUACUUGGCCUGGUAUUAGCACAGAUUUGACGUAUGAGAAGAAGAGUGAUAAUAAGGUAGUGGAUCAACAAAGACUGCCAAACAUCACAUGUUCAAAGGAUGAUAUCGUUGAUAAUCUCUGGUCCAGAAGCGAUGUAUCUGGUCAACCUUCAUCAGAGCCCCAGAAAGAGUGUCAUGUGAAAACUGUUUUCCCUACUUCCAGUGGAGAUAAUUCUACAAGUUAUGACAGAGCUAUUGCUUUUGUUGAUCAACGGGAGGGUAAAAGGAAAGCAGAAGUCAAUAACAUUAGAGCAGCAAUAAAGGAGCAAGUAGAUGAGGUGGGUAGAGCUCUUUUCUUUGGGAAGAAUCAUGGAGCUGAGCCCAAAGAAUUCGGUCCAUUAGAAUUUAAUUUUGCACCCGAGAACCAAAGGGAAGAGUUACCAAGGCUACCACCUGUGAGACUCAAGACAGAAGACAAGCCUUUCAAUAUUCACUGGGAGGAGAAAUAUGAACGUGAUGCACCCAAGAUCUUGGAUGCCGACAAUGCUUUUCUUAUUGGGUCAUUUCUGGAUGUACCUAUUGGCCAAGAGAUCAGUGCAACAGGAAAGAGGCUAGGAGGAGGCAAUUGGCUAUCUGUGAGUCAGGGUAUCACUGAGGAUACUUCUGACCUGGUUUCUGGUUUUGCAACUAUCGGUGAUGGAAUGAGUGAAUCCAUAGACUACCCUAAUGAAUAUUGGGACUCUGAUGAAUAUGAAGAUGAUGAUGACGUUGGCUAUAUGAGACAACCCAUUGAAGAUGAGACCUGGUUUCUGGCUCAUGAAAUCGACUACCCAAGUGACAAUGAGAAGGGGACUGGACAUGGGAGUGUUCCAGACACUCAAGAACGGAGCCAGCACAAAAAUGAUGAAGAUGACCAGUCAUUUGCUGAGGAGGAUUCUUACUUCUCUGGGGAAAGGUAUAUCCAGUCGAAAACUGUUAAUGCUAUUGUGCCUGCAGAUGACCAUGAUGGGCUGUUAGCUGCUGAAAUUUACAGGAGAGACAGAGAUAAUGAUAUGAUUAGGCAAUAUGAUGGGCAGUUGAUGGACGAGGAGGAGCUCAAGUUGAUGCGUUCAGAACCUGUUUGGCAGGGGUUUGUGUUUUUACUUUACUACUUCUGUCUGUGGACCGGCUUUGAGGAGGACAAGAAUUUUCAUGUUGUUUUGAACUCAGUCAUUGCUGGUCGUUAUCAUGUCACCGAGUAUCUUGGAUCAGCUGCAUUCAGCAAAGCUAUUCAGGCACAUGAUCUGCAUACUGGCAUGGAUGUAUGUGUGAAAAUUAUAAAGAACAACAAAGAUUUUUUUGAUCAGAGCCUCGAUGAAAUAAAGCUGCUCAAGUAUGUAAAUAAACAUGAUCCUGGUGACAAGUACCAUCUUCUUCGGUUGUAUGAUUACUUCUACUAUCGCGAGCAUCUAUUGAUUGUAUGUGAAUUGCUCAAAGCAAACCUAUAUGAGUUCCACAAGUUUAACCGGGAAUCUGGAGGAGAAGUGUACUUUACAAUGCCAAGGCUACAGUCAAUCACGAUUCAAUGUUUGGAAGCUCUUCAAUUCUUACACAGUCUUGGCCUCAUUCAUUGUGACCUGAAGCCUGAAAAUAUCUUGGUCAAAAGCUACAGCAGAUGUGAGGUUAAGGUUAUCGAUCUAGGAAGCAGUUGCUUUGAGACCGACCAUCUCUGUUCUUAUGUUCAGUCUAGGUCAUACCGGGCCCCAGAGGUCAUUUUGGGACUUCCAUAUGGAAAAAAGAUUGAUAUUUGGUCCCUUGGUUGCAUCUUGGCAGAAUUAUGCACAGGCAAUGUACUCUUUCAAAAUGAUUCUCCUGCCACCUUACUUGCUCGAGUUAUCGGAAUCAUAGGCUCUAUUGAGCAAGGAAUGCUUGCCAAAGGACGUGACACAUACAAAUAUUUCACCAAAAAUCACAUGCUUUACGAAAGGAGCCAGGAUAGUAACAGACUUGAAUACCUGAUACCCAAAAAGUCAUCCUUGAGACAUAGAUUGCCAAUGGGGGAUCAAGGCUUCAUCGACUUCGUUGCUCAUCUGCUAGAAGUGAACCCAGACAAGAGACCUUCUGCAUCCGAGGCUCUGAAACACCCUUGGUUACAGUACCCUUACGAACCCAUCUCAUCAUGAGAAAAAAGGAUAGUCUUUGAUCCGACCUGUCUUCACUGCCCGUUGAUCUGCAAAUCAGUCUUCAAUGCGGCUGUAUUGUUGGAGCGCCUGCACAAAAUCGGAAGGUGUGAUUGGUUUUAACAGAUGAUCGAAUCUUCCUUUACCCAUUGCCAAAAAUUGUAUCUUGAUUAUUACAAAACAGAAUCUUCCUCUGUUUUUUUUUGGGGCCUUUGCAUUUUGUACUGGUGGGCAGGAAAGGAAGUGACCACUCUUGUUGUAAAUGAUGUGUGAUAAUUCUUUUAGGUGAUUUAGUUAUAAUAGCUUGUGAAAAUUAGUAUCUUGUCCAAUUUUGGUUGUACUCACUUUCAUCAAUUUUCGAUAUUAACUCAAUCGUCUCAUAUUCAA